CUUACUACGUUUGACCUAAACCUUGUUCGCAUCAGUAUUUGCCAGCUAUGAAUUCAAAAAUCUCGCACACUUCUGAUAUUAUCGUGACAAAAGGUCAAGGCGAUCGUGGUCGAACCAGGAGCACUGACGUAAACGUCGAAUUGUCAUCAGAUUUAGACGCAUAUUGGAAACGACAGUUUAGGAGUCUUCCCGAGGCUCAAAUACAGCUCCGACAGAUGAAUUCUGAGAUGACAACUGCUGAUAAGCUAAUUGAAGUAGGAAGAAAGUGCAAGUUGACACUGAGUCGCCAAGGAUUUCUGAUGAGUAAUUGGUGUGAGCAGAAACAUAGUGUUCUUCACAAAACCAUUCCAGGAUCUCGACUCGUCGAUUGGUUACAAUCUACCGUACGUGCUGUUCUCACUAGAUCACAAGCAUCAAACAUUUGGCAGGUUUUGGUAGAUGAGGAAUUGUUAGACAAUGGCUUUGGAGCACAAGUCACUCCAAAACUUAAUGAAGAAUCACUAGAAGUGCAAACCUUCGGCCAGUAUGCACCUUGA